AUGAAGAAAGCGGAAGUAGGGGCGGCGAGUCUGCUUGGCUCACCAACUUUCGUGGAUAUAGGAAACGGACGGCUCAGAUGCGUGGAGACUGGUCACGAAGUUGUAGCCGGAGACGAAGAAGCAUACGCUUGUAACAAACGGUGUCGUCUGGGACUCAUUGAUCACGCUCUAUCUCAUGGGAAAUCUCCUCUCAACAUGUUCUCGCAGUGCCUAAUUUCUCGUUCGAAGCUCGUGUGCAAGCUUACUGGGGAUACUGUGAACAAGAACGAGCAACAUAUCUGGAAACACGUGAAUGGGAAGAGAUUUCUACACAAAUUAGAGCAAAUGGAAAGAGGAGCUGGAACAAGCGGAAAGACAGAGGAAAUACAAGUAACCAAACACAGACGCGUUAAGGAAGAAACUGACUCCGAUGAUUCAGAAUUUUGGAUGCUCAAGUCAAGUUCUGGUUCAGAGUCAGAACAGGAGAGUGAUGACGAAAACUGCAUAGGUUCUCUCUGUGAUGCCAGAGAAUCUGAGGAGCUCUCAGAAAGAACAAAGAGGAUGUCAAUAGAGAUUGGACCAAGUAGCUUUGCGUCGAGGAAGAAAAAGAUUAGGAAUAGUAAUGAGUCAUGUUAAGAAAAGAUUGUUGCGAUAAGCAGAUACAGUUUUGUUUAUAAAAGAAAAAAGAAAAGAAACCUUUAUCGUAUGA